UGGCGAUAUGAUUUAAUCUACUUACUCUUUGGUUGAGCUGCAGAAUUUUUCAAACCUCAGACAGAAUCAAUAAUGUAUCCAGCAAAGUUUGUUUUAAAUUUUUCAAUCGUGCUAUCUUGUCUUUUUUUCACAAGUGGAGGCACUAGUGUAAAAUCCUGCUACUAUUGCAAUGGAAACUGUUCAGAAUUCAGAAUUGUCAACUGUACCAGACCAGAAAGUGGCUGUAUUUCCUACAUGGUUAGACAAAACCAUAAAGUCGACACCUUCAAAAACUGUUAUGCUUCCGCCACAUGGAACUGUGAUAGAGUGGGAAAAUGGAUCUCAAAUAAAUAUCUUCAAAUAAGUGUUAUGGACUGUCAAGUGUGCCAGGAAGAUGGAUGCAAUAAAAACACGUUCCAAUCAAUGAACACAUCUCCAAGAGCGUCACUUUCCUGUGUCCUGGUUUAUUUCAUCUUUUUACUUUUGUUUCUGUUUAUAUGAAUCUACUUAGUGGAAUAUCUCGAUUUCAGAGAUUGAUUCUGAAUUCUCUUUUAAACUGUUGUACUUCUUUCAUGUUCCUCAUUUCUUCAUUAGGUACUUAAUUAAUUAAUAAAAGUGAUUUAAUAAAACAGUUUUCAAGAUAAA